AUGUACAAACUGUCUCAAAUAAUCGACGCGACACGAGAAAGUCUCGACGCGGCCGAUUCACCUACACGCCAGCCGCACUCCACAUUGACUAUUAAUACCUCCGCGCCGGCCUCACCUGCUAUCUCUUUGUUCUCCGCGGCAGGCCACAACCGGGUCUCUAGCUCCGUCUCUUCCCUUGUCUAUUCAAUGGAAAGUCCUAGUCGGAGUCAUUUGACAGGAGUCAAAGAAGAGGAAUGCACACGCGACUCGUUGGAAGAUCAUUAUUUCCAGCACUUUGAUCACGGCAUGUCUGCAGAAGAGUCAUACUUUGCCCCCGUCCAUAACUCAGAUAGCUACGAUCUGAGCGUUACCAGCAUGGAGACUCCCCCAUCACCGAAAAAGAGACGCUCAGACAGUGUCUCAAUAAAGGGUGUCUCACGCAUUAACUCACACAUCUCGACCAUGUCGGCACGGUGGAAGACUAAGCGGUCCUCCAGUGGCGCAGAAGGCGAUGUUUUCCCGGAUGAUCUACGAUCGCGCGCGAACUCGACGGCCUCCUCCGCCUUGGCAAGCCCCAUUGUUAGCUCCAUGCCCAUGAGCCGUGUUGACUCUAUCCCCCCUUCUCCUGCGCGAACGAUCUUCGAGGAACGCGCGAGCGAAUCUGGUGCGCGCCCAAUCGACAUCACCCGAGCGAACAGUCUCAGCCAGGACGACAACGAUGUGCAGAAAGCGACAACCCCUCUCCUGCCACCGUUUAUGGGAGACGACCCAACGAGCAUCGCAGCAUCCCGCGUCCAGUCACCCCUGCAGUCUCCGUCAGUCGCAGACGCGAACGAACCACACUAUAACUAUAAUGUGACCUCAGACCCGCGGUUUAUGGGAGUUCUUCCCUCGCCACCCCUCUCGUCCAAGCCUUCCGUGGCCUCCUUCAACCGGCCACGAGCCAGCACUGUGCGCACAGUCUCAGGCGAUGUAACCCCCCUCGUCCUCUCCGAUCCCAAUGAUGAAUGGGCCAACAAACUCGGCCACGCCAACUUUACCAUCAUGCCCGAGCCUUACGACCCUGUGGUUUGCGACCUCGGCAAUUUCCAGCAGGUCCGUGCAGACUGGGACAUUGCGCGUUGCAACUUUGCGAAGCACCUCGUUCGCACCGGUGAACACUACGGCGUCACCUCCAACAUCUACAAGCUCACCAUCGAGAAAUGGGAGUCGAUCAACUGCGAGUGGGCAACUCAACACGGGACUAUGCUCGAACAGCUCAGUGCGAUAGAUGGCGUUGCUCUCACGCUCACUCAGUCUAAUAUCCACCCUUGCCAACAAGUCCGCAUCCCGCGUCUGCAUGACAACGACAAGUUCCCCGAGAUGGGGGAUGAGGACAUUGUCGGCCCAAUGACUGUGGCACCGGCUACGGAGAUUGCAGGUUCCUGCCGUUCUGAGAAAAAGAGGAAUUUCUUCCGCUUUUUACAGGAUUUGGUCUCCCGACCUUAA